CACUGACUGCUGCUCCUCUUUCUACAAGUUCCUCCCUUUCAUCUUAACUCCUUAGCUUGAUGCUAGUGCAGGCUCCUACUCCCACCUGUGCUCUCUCGAGCACUUCCCUGAUCCACUCGGGAAUCCAACCUUCUCGUGCGACCUGCUUUUCCUGCGCAUCAGGAAUUUCAGGUUUCCCUUUUCGUGCUGACGACGCGAUGAGGGCGUCUAGGGUUGUCCGUUUGAUGUCGACUGUAGCGCCAGGCCUUCAGAGCGCCAUGUCCGGCGCUACAACCGGAGCAGCGGCUGUAGCGCCCGUAGCGGCGUCGGCGACGGUUUCUCACAGAUCGUCGUCGAUCGCCAGCGAUCGUCCGCAAAUCUCGCAAAAUCUGGGGAGUGCGUGGGUGACUGGGCAUGGUCAGGCGUCUCUGUGGCGUCGCAUGUCGUCGUCUGCGACGAUUGGCUGCGCUAACGUGUCGCAGCGGUUGCUCGCACGACCCGUUCCUUCGGCCUACAUCCUCACUCGAAAGGCCUCCAGCUCAGCAUCGGAGAAUCCGUUCAAGAACAUCCUGACGGACCUCCCGUCGUCGGAUGGCGGAUCGUACGGGAAGUACUACAGCCUUCCCGCACUCAACGACCCCCGAGUUGAUCGCCUGCCGUACUCCAUCCGCAUCUUGCUCGAAUCCGCGCUGCGCAACUGCGACAACUUCCAGGUGUUGCCGGCUGACGUGGAGAAGAUCCUCGACUGGGAGAAGACCGCGCCGCAGCAAGUCGAGAUUCCCUUCAAGCCCGCGCGCGUGCUGCUGCAGGAUUUCACGGGCGUGCCCGCGGUGGUGGAUCUGGCGGCCAUGCGUGACGCCAUGAAGUCGCUGGGCGGCGAUCCCAACGCGAUCAACCCGCAGGUGCCGGUGGAUCUGGUGAUCGACCACUCGGUGCAGGUGGACGUGGCGGGGUCCGCCAACGCGGUGGAGCAGAACAUGCAGUUCGAGUUCGACCGCAACAGCGAGCGAUUCGCGUUCCUCAAGUGGGGCGCCAAGGCGUUCCAGAACAUGCGCGUGGUGCCUCCUGGCUCCGGCAUCGUGCACCAGGUCAACUUGGAGUACCUGGCGCGUGUGGUGUUUUCCCACAAGGGGCUCCUUUACCCGGACAGUCUGGUGGGCACGGACUCGCACACCACCAUGAUCGACGGGCUGGGCGUGGCGGGAUGGGGCGUGGGAGGCAUCGAGGCCGAAGCCACCAUGCUAGGCCAGCCCAUGAGUAUGGUGCUGCCCGAGGUGGUGGGCUUUAAGCUGACCGGCAAGCUCCAGCCAGGCGUGACAGCGACUGACCUCGUGCUGACGUGUACGGCCAUGCUGCGUCAGCACGGUGUGGUGGGCAAGUUCGUGGAGUUCCACGGCGACGGCAUGCGCCACCUGGCUCUCGCUGACAGGGCGACCAUCGCCAACAUGGCGCCCGAGUACGGCGCGACCAUGGGGUUCUUCCCCGUGGAUGAUGCCACCUUGGCGUAUCUCAAGACCUCUGGGCGCGAUGAGAGCACGGUGAAGAUGGUGGAGGCGUACCUCAGGGCCAACAAGAUGUUCGUUGACUACAAUGAGCCCCAGGCGGAGCGCACCUACUCGUCCACCCUGGACCUGGACCUCUCCUCCGUGGAGCCCUGCAUCUCCGGGCCCAAGAGGCCCCAUGACCGCGUGCCUCUGCGCACCAUGAAGGAGGACUGGCACGCAUGCCUCGACAACCCCGUGGGCUUCAAGGGCUUCGCCCUCCCCAAGGAGCAGCAGGGCAAGGUGGUGAAGUUCGACUUCAACGGGCAGCCCGCGGAGCUGAGGCACGGGUCCGUGGUGAUAGCGGCCAUCACGUCGUGCACCAACACCAGCAACCCCUCCGUCAUGCUGGGGGCUGCUCUGGUGGCCAAGAAAGCAUCGGAUCUAGGCCUCCAGGUGAAGCCGUGGGUGAAGACCAGCCUGGCGCCUGGCUCUGGUGUCGUCACCAAGUACCUUGAAAAGAGUGGCCUGCUCCCUUCACUGGAGAAGCAGGGCUUCCACGUGGUGGGCUAUGGCUGCACCACGUGCAUUGGCAACUCGGGGGAGAUUGCCGAGUCGGUGGGGCAGGCCAUUGCCGAGAACGACCUGGUGGCAGCAGCAGUGCUGUCCGGCAACCGCAACUUCGAGGGCCGGGUGCAUCCUCAGACGCGCGCCAACUACCUCGCCUCUCCUCCCCUUGUUGUGGCCUACGCCCUUGCCGGCACGGUGGACAUUGACUUCACUACGGAGCCUAUCGGCACGGGCAGCGACGGCAAGCCCGUCUUCCUGUGCGACAUCUGGCCCACCUCCGCUGAGGUGGCAGCGGUGGUUGAAAAGUCGGUGCUGCCCGAGUUCUUCCGGUCGACCUAUGAGAGCAUCACACGUGGCAACGACCUCUGGAAUGGGCUGACCGCCCCCGAGGGGGCGCUGUACGACUGGAGCCCCGCGUCGACGUACAUCCACGAGCCGCCCUUCUUCAAGGGCAUCUCCAAGGACCCCCCAGGGGUGGCGCCGGUGGUUGACGCCAACUGCCUGCUGAACCUGGGGGACAGCAUCACCACCGACCACAUCUCCCCCGCAGGGAGCAUCCACAAGGACAGUGCAGCAGCGCGGUACCUGACGGAACGAGGAGUGGCCAGGAAGGACUGGAACUCGUAUGGCAGCCGGCGCGGCAACGACGAGGUCAUGGCACGGGGCACGUUUGCCAACAUCCGCAUCGUGAACAAGUUCAUGGAGGGGGCGGUGGGGCCGCACACCGUGCACGUGCCCUCUGGGGAGAAGAUGUUCAUCUACGACGCCGCCAUGCGCUACAAGGAAGCCGGAGUACCCACUAUCAUCCUGGCGGGUGCGGAGUACGGCAGUGGCAGUUCGCGGGACUGGGCGGCAAAGGGGCCGUACCUGCAGGGCGUGAAGGCGGUGAUUGCCAAGUCGUUUGAGCGCAUCCACCGCAGCAACCUCGUCGGCAUGGGCAUCAUCCCCCUCUGCUUCAAGCCCGGCCAGGACGCCGAGUCGCUUGGGCUGACCGGAUACGAAAAGUUCUCGGUGCACCUGCCCGCGCUGAAGGACAUCAAGCCAGGGAUGGACGUGGAAGUGACGACUGACAACGGGAAGAAGUUCACAACCACCCUGCGAUUCGACACCCAGGUGGAGCUGACAUACUUUGAGAACGGUGGCAUUCUGCACUAUGUGCUGCGAAGCCUGGCCAAGGAUAGCUAGGAGGAAUGUUUCAGGCGCUGCGUUUGCUAGAGACUUGCCUAUGCUGCUUGCGGCUCUGACUUGCAUUUGGUAUGACUGGGUAGGACCAACCCUUCAGUGCUAAUGAUUUGUGCCGACAAUACAAUGUUACGCUAGUACGUGCGCUUUUUUAAAGAAGUGAUACAAGGAGGCCUCCAGCAAUAUUGG